GCGCGCGCCCGGGGCGGCUGCGCACGGCGGGCGACUGUGGGGGUUCGCGUCGGCCCUAGUGGACGCCGCUGCGACCACCAUGCAGCUGACGGUGAAGGCGCUCCAGGGCCGGGAGUGCAGUCUGCAGGUGCCGGAGGACGAGCUGGUGUCUAAACUGAAGCAGCUGGUCUCCGAGAAGCUGAACGUCCCGGUGCGCCAGCAGCGUCUGCUAUUCAAGGGCAAGGCCCUAGCAGAUGAGAAACGACUAUCAGAUUACAACAUUGGGCCCAAUUCUAAGCUCAACCUAGUCGUUAAACCUCUGGAGAAGGUAUUACUAGAAGAAGGUGCUGCCCGUAGGCUGGCUGACUCCCCACCACUGCCCAUCUGGCAGCUGAUCUCCAAAGUCCUGGCCCGCCACUUCAGUGGGGCAGAUGCCAGCAGGGUCCUGGAACAACUACAGAAGGAUUAUGACAGGUCCCUGAGCCGCCUGACAUUGGAUGAUAUCGAACGCUUGGCCAGCCGCUUCCUGCACCCCGAAGUGACUGAAGCUAUGGAGAAGGGGUUCUCCAAAUAGCAUUCUGGGAGUUUGGGGAGGAGCCCAAGGCCAGGCCACAGCUGCAUGUUGCAUUAAAUGUGUUCUCAUGUUGCAGUUUGGCUCAUAGUGAUAAUAAUAGCUGGUAUGUAUCCGGCUCUUGCUAGGUGCUAGGCACUACUCAAAGCAAUUGUCCUGUGUUCUCUUUGGCCUCCUGCAGAAGAGGCGACACUGCACUGUAGCGACACCUAGCAACAGUGUGGAACAGCCAGAGUCUAAGUCCAGCCAGCCUAUAGAAGUGCCUCUGUAAGAAGGAGGGUGUGCUUUUAGCCCACUCAGAAUAAACCCUUGGGUAACUCCCUCAGAAAACACCUGACCUCUAGUGUGUUUGGCAUAGCCCUUGGAAUCCUCCAUAGGAGGCCGCGUUGUAGCUGACCCUGGGCCCCUCCACUGCUGCAGCCAGUGUUCUCUUGAGAAAGGACAAACAGGUUAGGGGCUAGAGUUAGGAAGACACAGCAGCUCUAAGGUAUGACUUGAGUCAAAUGUCUGUGCCACAUCGGUCCCCAACCAUUGAAUCAGUAUAGUGAUGGCUAUUUGUCUCACCUGAAUGAGUUCCCUUCCCCGGCUCGGGGUGGGAAGUCUCUUCAGCCAUCCUCUGCCAUUCCACCUUGUGCUCAGUCCAAACUGGAGCCUAAAGUCAAGCACUAGCCAGAGAUGGAGUGUCCAGGUCUUUGGUGGUACAGCUCUUCUCUGCGGUACUCUGUCUGCUUGGUUCUUCCUCCUGAAAUUGGGUGGGUCUCACCCAUGAGGGACAACAGAUGACUCAUCAGGGCAGUGUCAUAGUUAAGACUCUACAUUGGCUUCCUCUCCUAGUGCUUGCCCACCAUGUGGAAGAUGGAUGCUUCUGGAGACAUCUGUGUACAGGGGCUUUUACUUUGUACACCCUCAUUACUUGAGAGGAAACUCAGGGUGCUGGGGAGGACAGAAAAGUGUGGACUGGGUGGCAGUGAUUCCUCUUUCACUGUGUCUGUGCCUGGGUGCUAGCGGUCACAAAAACAUUUGCUUCUUUGAGGAGAAACCUGGGAGCAGUAAAGGCGAGAAGGCAGCUGCAUGCACAAAACUGUCCUGCUCCCCCACUCUUGCCAUGGGACCCACUCUGAGUGGUCAGGACUACACCUGCCUUUCCUGCUUAAGGACUCCUUACCUGGACAUUGUGGGUCAGACACUGAGUCCUCCUCUUUAGAAGCUAGCGGAAGUGAGGCCUGAGGGGAAGAACAGGUGAUAGCUCCUCACCCUCCCUGAAAGCUAGGGCACCACAGCAGAGACCUGUCUGGAAGCAUGUGGACUGGCAGCUCAGUGAUAAGCUUACCAGUGUUCUCAAAUAUUUUGAGUCAGGGAAUGUAUCUGGAAAAUUAACACUAAAGGUGCAUGUGAGACUUUUGACCAAAAGGAACUCUAUUAGCUAGGCUGCUUUUGGUUUCCAAUAAUUGGUUUAACAAUAAAGGAAACUUGCUGGCAUAUAAAACCAAAUAACCCAGGAGGAUUGGCAGUGGGUGAACAGCCUUUUCCUGCCUCCCUCUGCAUUUUACAGGAUCUGCUUCAUCAUCAGCCACCACCUCAAGGAUCAAAAGUGGGCUGGCCAUGGCGCCAUCUGAAGCCUGCCUUCACUGCCAGCAAGGAGUGCUUUCUUUAGUGCGGCUUCUGUCUCGGGCGCCCUAGCAAAUAAAUGCUGUCUUUUAUUGGUCACAA